UAGAAGUGCUACAUCCUGCGUGUCUUUUAUUUUGAUUUUUUUAGUUGUUUACUGUGCGACUGCAAAUGUCUGAAGCCUUCUGAUGAAACAACUAACCAGCAGUGUGUUGCAGUGAUUCUUGGACUCAAUCUGCAGGAUGCUGGAUCUUCUUGGCAGCACAGAGAAGAGAGGUUAGGAGAGAAGAGGAGAGGAGAAGAGAGGAGAGGGGAUGGGGGGCGGUGAAAAGACGACACCGCCUUGCUUUGAUGACGCUCGAGGUCGGGAGACAUUUGAACAGCCUUCAGCCUAUAUGUAACCCAUAUACACGCCGACAAAUGGUGCGCGUGAGUAGAUGUAGUGCAGCUCGUGAACCUGGAGUUACGGAGAUGUUUCGGUCGUCACUGUAGCGUCGCCGCUCAGCCGCAGAGCCCCGCAGUUUGGAGGACAAACCCCGCGGUAUCAUCUGUUGAUCGGCUUGGGAGACAAUUAAGCGCAAAAGCCAUGAGCCGUGGUCCGACUUCCAGGUGAAAUUUGAAGAGAGUGAAAUGAUUCCAAAGUCGGGAAAAUCUCCGGCGGACUCCAGGAAAACAGUCGGCAUCCAUGAAUUUGCAGCACUCGCCAGAUCUUCAUUGAAUGGCAUCUCUCAGGCAGUGAGGGACCAUGUGACGAAGCCCACCUCCCUGGCCCAGGGCCGGGUCGCCCACCUCAUAGAGUGGAAAGGAUGGCCGAAGCCUACAGGUCCUCCACCGGGCACUCACUCCCAGUUCAACUCUUACUGCCGUCUGACCGAAGGGGAGAAGGAGGCUCGGUUUGCUGCAGGAGUGGCUGAGCAGUUUGCAAUUGCCGAGGCCAAGCUUCGCGCCUGGGCGUCGCUAGAUGAUGAUGAGGAGGACGAGGAAGACUUCAAUGAUGAAGAAUCCCACACCAAUGGACAGAGUUGCAACUUAUCCACAGAGAAUCCAGGCGCCGCCGUGUCCGAACCAGUCGGUGGAGUACCAUUCCAGCCUGAGACCCAAGACGUCGAGGAGCCACAGUCUGUUCGUCCCGUAGGCUCCGUCAGCAGCGGCGGCUCUUUCCAAGACAGGCCUCCGACUGAUCAUGACCUACAGAGCGGCUCGCCCUCUUCGCGCAUGUGUCCAUUCCUGGAGGAAGAGGAAGAGCGGCUGCACGGUCUGGUGGAGCAGCUGACUCCCUUGCAGGAGCAGCGUGGCGAGAUAUGCGUCCACAGCAAGCCGGAGUGGCGGCCCCGGAACCGGAGCAGCAGGUUCGACUCCUGCUACUCCACCUCUCACUCCGAGUCCCCCGGAGAGGAGGACGAGGAAGACGAAGAGGAGGAAGGCAGCGUGUUCCACGAGGUGCGGGUGUGGCACUGCAGCCCCAGAGGCUUCUUCUCCGACAGGGGGUCUUCCGGAGUGGCGUCUUUCGACGAAGAGGAGGAGAGGGAGGGAGAGGUGGAAGAGGUAGAGGAGGAGGAGGAGGAGAAGAAAGAGGAGAAGGAGUAUUUGAUGUGAUGUAUCGUCCAUGUUUAUGUCUUUCUGAGUCGAUGUUGAUUCCGAUACGACAUAGAUCUAGUCCGAUGACAUUGUGAACCUCCUCUCAUCUCCUCCUCUGGAAGCUUUUCAUCAGUCACCCUUCCAGGCCUUUUACUGAUCUCCUCCCACAGGUUAUUGCUGCUGUAAACAGUGCACGUGUUGGAGAGUUUAAUCAGGAUGUAAAGCUGUUGUUCAAACUGAGUUUGGUAUAUUUUUGUGAAGAGUCAUGUGCUGUUCAUUUGUUGUUGUUUUUUCUAUGGAUGUUUUGUAGCGUGGUCUAUUUUCCAGCUCAUCCUGUGUCACAUGGGUUUGAUAUGGAAAGCACGAGUGUCCUGCAUACAGUAUAUAAAUAUGAUUUUUGAAACAAGA